GGGGAAACGCACACAAUGGGCGUUAAUAUGAUUCCCAUCUCCUCAAACGGAUCUCUGCUAGUGCACGCGUAUAUGAGAAUUCAUAGUUUAGCUACGUUGUAAUUCACGUCCAUAUAUUAUGAGCGUUUAGCUAGCUAGUAAUCGGUUUUACCGUUCCCUUUUAAAAGCUCCUUCUGUACAAAGUUGUCGAAUUGGCAGUUUUUUCUUUUAUUUUGUCAUUAUGGAUGUUUGGAGAAAGUUUCGCCCGUCCCACAACUUGUUUUGGUCCGCUUUCGUGGCGUAAAACUUGUUCGUGUUAUUGUAGCCAAUAACGUUACUGUUAGCUAGCUUCGAAAGGUUCGGUGGCUUUCCCAGACAAAUCUCAGCCUUUCCUUUUGACUCUUGUACGGCAGGAGUUGGAGCAGUUUAUUCCUGGGACUCGGCCUAGUCUAGUAACGUGAGUUACUUUUUUUCUAAGGUAUAUCACCAAUCUCCGAGGCCCCCAAAAUGUCGAUUUUAGGAUUAAAAAAGAAACAACCAAAGACUUUUAAGGUCAAAGUCAUCACUAUGGAUGCUGAAAUGGAGUUUAGUUGUGAGGUGAAAUGGAAAGGUAAGGAUCUGUUUGAUCUGGUGUGUCGGACAGUGGGUCUGAGAGAAACCUGGUUCUUUGGGCUCCGGUACACAGUGAAGGACACCUAUGCAUGGCUGAAGACAGAGAAACGGGUCUUGGAUCAAGAGGUCCCUAAAGACUCGCCGAUAACAUUUCACUUCCUGGCCAAGUUCUUCCCAGAGAAGGUAGAAGAAGAGCUGGUGCAGGAAAUCACACAACACCUCUUCUUCCUGCAGGUGAAAAAGCAAAUAUUAGACGAGGAGAUUUUCUGUUCUCCUGAAGCCUCUGUCCUGUUGGCGUCGUACGCUGUUCAAGCCAAGUAUGGGGACUAUGAACCAAACUUUCACAAGCCGGGGUUCUUAGCCCAGGAUGAGCUCCUACCUAAAAGAGUUCUGAUGCAGUACCAGAUGACUGCAGACAUGUGGGAGGAGAAGAUCACAGCCUGGUACGCAGAGCACAGAGGCAUCGCCAGGGAUGAGGCUGAGAUGGACUACCUGAAGAUAGCUCAGGACCUGGACAUGUAUGGAGUCAGCUACUUUGCCAUCACUCAAAAUAAACGAGACACAGACCUGCUACUGGGUGUCGAUGCCCAGGGCCUUCAUAUUUACAGCCCCAACAGCAAACUGAACCCCAACAAGUCUUUCCCCUGGAGCGGCAUCCGCAACAUCUCCUACAGCGAGAAGGAGGUAACCACGUUCACAAUAAAACCUCUGGACAAGAAGAAAGAUGUUUUCAAAUUCUACUCCUCCCAACUGAGAGUCAACAAACUGAUUCUGCAGCUGUGCAUUGGGAACCAUGACCUGUUCAUGAGGAGGAGGAAGGUGGACUCCAUCGAGGUACAGCAGAUGAAGUCUCAGGCCAAGGAGGAGAAGGCUCGCAAGAAGGUGGAGCGUCAGAUCCUUGCGCGGGAGAAGCAAAUGAGGGAGGAGGCAGAGCGAGCGAAGGAGGAGAUGGAGAGACGGCUGUUCCAGCUGCAGGACGAGGCACGGCUGGCCAAUGAGGCGCUGCUGCGUUCAGAGGAGACCGCAGAUCUGCUGGCGGAGAAGGCCCAGAUCGCCGAGGAGGAAGCCAAGCUGUUAGCCCACAAGGCUGCCGAGGCGGAGCAGGAAAGGCAGAGGAUAGAGGCUACCGCCCUCAAGACCAAGGAGGAGAAGAGACUGAUGGAGCAGAAGAUGAGAGAGGCAGAGCAGCUGGCCGUCAAACUGGUGGAGCAGUCAGAGAGGAGGUCGAAGGAGGCGGACCAUCUGAAGCAGGACCUUACGGAGGCCAAGGAUGCUGAGAGGAGAGCCAAGCAGAAACUCCUGGAGAUCACCAAGACGUCUUACCCGGUACAGAAAACUAUAACCCUAACCAAGACAUCUUACCCGCUCAUAGCGGCCUACUCCACCCCCCCUCCUCCCCCAGAGGGAGGAGACCUAGCUCUGGGAUCCGGAUCGAUGCGGAUCGACUUUAAAGACUCUGAUAUGAAGAGACUGUCAAUGGAGAUAGAGAGGGAGAGACUAGAGUACGUGGAGAAGAGUAAACACCUGCAGGAUCAACUGAAGGAGCUCAAGUCUGAGAUUGAAUCUCUGAAGCUGGAGGAGCAGCAGCAGCAAGCUGGGGUCUACAGCCUCCGCAACGAGGCCCGCGGCUACCCCCCUGAACCGCCCUACAUGCCCCAUAGUAAUAGAAACUCUGCCUACAUGGCUCAGAUGGCUUUUUUUGAGGAAGUGUGAUCCAACCGCCAUUGGAUUGAAACAGGGGUAGGCUAAGUGCCAUUGGAUGACACGCAGGGAGGCGGGACAUUGGUUGUGACUCUUGUUCCUUAAUACCAAGAUAUGCCUACUUGGCAUAUAUCUAUGUUUUGUGCCUGACAAAAGGAGCACACUGACACACACACACACUGACACACACACACACUGACACACACACACACACUGACACACACACACACUGACACACACACACACUGACACACACACUCCCAGUGACACUCCAGAAAAGACUGUGCUUUGGAAAGAUUUGUUUUCCUCAGAUGACACAUCACAACACUACAAGUUUUCCUUCCAGUUUUCCGUUAUGGUUUAUUUGAUGCAGCCCUAGUUACACUGCCUGUGGGUGUAUAUUAUCACAGACGGUGCUGUGUGCAUGUUCUGUGGAUGUAUUUUACUUCAAUGUUUGGUUUUUAAAGGGAUGCCUGGUAGAGUGUGACAUAGAUUUGACUGAGGUAUUUUAUCCUAUAUGACUGACUCUACACUACAGUGUGCCUUUAGGAGAAUAUACUCUCUCAGCGACCAGGGUCAUGUCUGUCAAGCUACCAGGCUUCAGGUGUGAUACUUUGCCUUCGCUGAUUAAUGUCUUACUUUACUCAGUCGUUUUAUUGUUGUAGCAUGGUCGAACUGAUCGUCUCCAGAGCAACAUGUGUCCUGCAUCACAUUAUGCCUUCUAACCAUUAUCAUUUCAAACUGUCAUUUCAACGGUUUUCUGUUUUUAGUAUUUUAGAUCGUUGACGUGCUUUUAACUUAGCUUUUUAAAGAGUUUUCUUCACGUUACAAACAUUAAAUAUGCAAUCCCUCGUUCACUAGUUCCUGUUAUGGAGCAUCCCAAAAGGCACCCUAUUCCCGUUUUAGUGCACUGCUUUUGACCAGUGCCCUAUUUAGUUCAUUUAGGGUGACAUUUGUGACGAUGACCUGCCUGGAUUGUCAAACACCUCUGGGGUGGGUUUAGAUCCAACACCUCUGGGGUGGGUUUAGAUCCAACACCUCUGGGGUGGGUUUAGCUCCAACACCCCUGGGGUGGGUUUAGCUCCAACACCUCUGCGGUGGGUUUAGAUCCAACACCUCUGCGGUGGGUUUAGAUCCAACACCUCUGCGGUGGGUUUAGAUCCAACACCUCUGGGGUGGGUUUAGAUCCAACACCUCUGGGGUGGGUUUAGAUCCAACACCUCUGGGGUGGGUUUAGAUCCAACACCUCUGGGGUGGGUUUAGAUCCAACACCUCUGGGGUGGGUUUAGAUCCAACACCUCUGGGGUGGGUUUAGAUCCAACACCUCUGGGGUGGGUUUAGAUCCAACACCUCUGGGGUGGGUUUAGAUCCAACACCUCUGGGGUGGGUUUAGAUCCAACACCUCUGGGGUGGGUUUAGAUCCAACACCUCUGGGGUGGGUUUAGAUCCAACACCUCUGGGGUGGGUUUAGAUCCAACACCUCUGGGGUGGGUUUAGAUCCAACACCUCUGGGGUGGGUUUAGAUCCAACACCUCUGGGGUGGGUUUAGAUCCAACACCUCUGGGGUGGGUUUAGAUCCAACACCUCUGGGGUGGGUUUAGAUCCAACACCUCUGGGGUGGGUUUAGAUCCAACACCUCUGGGGUGGGUUUAGCUGGCAGACAAGCCCAUUUCUCUUCUGAUUUCUACGACAUCUUGUCAGCGCUUAGCUCAGAGGAAGGUUCCAUCUCUAGAAAAGAAGGGAAGACAUUCUGUAUAUGGAGGAGGAGAAUUGAGAGAGAGAAGGUGGCUUGUGCUUGUGAAGGAAGUAGAUUUUAGAUGUAGUAACUCAUGGUUAAGGGUUGGGGUCAAUUCCAUUUCACAGAAAUAUAAUAAGAUUAUAAUGCCUAUUUGCUGAGUUGAAAUGGUCUGGACCCAACCUUUGCUGUGGUUUUUGAAUGGGAGCCAUGUCUUACAUGGUCAGAUAUCCUAACUAACAGAACACUGCUUGGCAGAUUAUGCAACAUUUUCAAGGUUGGGGGUUGGUUUGGCAUUUGUGUGGGUGCAGACACCUGCACGUACAGAGACACACAGCCAUGUAUUUAAACCAUGUGUCAAAAUCACAUUUAAACCCUACAUUUAUUAGUCAUUUUUAUUGUAACAUAAAUAAGUUAUUGUCAGAUCUGUUGUCAGAAUUUUCCUUUAACCGAUGUCAGGUUUGAAUCGAAAUGGAGUUGUUUUGGAUGGCAAGAUAUCACACGCGCACUCUCAGCAUAACUGUUGUGUACAUGUGUUUUUCAUUUCUCAUGGUUAUACCUAUUUAUGUGUGUAGAAUAGUGUUGUUGGGUUUUAUAAUGUUAACUCCUUUUGUUGUUUAUCUGAAGCUAGAAACUCUCUUUACUGUUGUUGACUUAACCAUUCCUGCUUUUUUCCAUCCUCUCACCCCUAUCCUCCUUUCCCUCUCUCGCACUACUCCUUUUUCAUGUGUUCAUCGGUUUUAAAGGGCCGAUGAUGUGUCACAUCAGUUUGUUUUUGUUUUUCACUGUUUGUUUUCAUAGAUGACCUCAGAACUGUUUCAUAUCUAUAGGUUUACUGUAAUCACCCAUAUCUGUCCCAAGUGGCACCCUAUUCCCUAUAUGGUGCACUACGUUUGACCAGGGCCAGCAUCAGGCUCGGGUCAAAAGUAGUGCACUAUACAAGGGGGAAUAGGGUGCCAUUUGGGAAAUAGGCACUAUAUGGCUGUCUCUCAACACUCUGUCGUUGCCUCUUUUCCUUUUUAGAGGGCGGCAAGUAACCUUGCGGUUAAGUUAGGCCAGUAAACGGCCGACGAGGUCGUUGAUUUAAGUACCUGAGCCGACAAGGUGAAACAUUUGUCGAUGUGCCCUUGAGCUACUACUAUGGCUGAUUUUGUAAAACACUACACUGGACUGUGUUUUUCUUCUUCACAACCUUGAUUCUGUUCCUUCAUUGCCGCUAGUCAAUUUAUAGAGGUGUGGAGGUUUCCUCCGUGUGGAGGUUUCCUCCGUGUGGAGGUUUCCUCCGUGUGGAGGUUUCCUCCGUGUGGAGGUUUCCUCCGUGUGGAGGUUUCCUCCGUGUGGAGGUUUCCUCUGUGUUGCUGUCACCUAUCAUGCCCUGUCAGAUCAGUGGCCAUAGAGGAAAGGACACAAGGGAAGGAAGCUAGCUAACACUAUUAAGACACAGCCAGGGAGGGACAUGCCAAACAAAAGCGAGUCACAAUGUCUGAUUUCUGAGAUUAAGUGUUUUGAGUGCAGUUUCUUUUUGCUUUUUGUCAUAAGUGAAUCAAUGCUGUCAAAGGUCUUCGCUGUUGCUUAUAAAACAAAUAUACACUAGCAUUG